AUGGAAUUUAAAAAUGUAUUUAUAAAAUUAAAAACUAAUAAUCUACUUCAAUUGCCAUUAAAUCAAACUCAAAAACAAAUUACAGUUGAUCCAAAUAAAUUUCAAAAUUUUGAUGUAACAUUAAUAUGUUAUAAAAUUUAUUUGAUGAAAAAAAAUCAAAAUAUUUUUGCUUAUCUAUUUAAAAAUGUUAAUCCAACUGGUAUUUGGUAUGAUAUGAAUAUUCGUGAUGGUGAUCGUUUAAUUACUUUAAAUGGACAAGAUGUAACACGAUUAUCAUACGAAAAUGUUUAUUCAUUAAUAAUCGAAAAAAAAAUUCCAUUUACAUGUGAAAUUGUCUGGCAUCCAGAGUUAUAUAUUGAAUUAGAAACAUGUAUUAAUAAAAAUAUUGAACAAGAACAAGAUUAUUCUAUCAUAUCAGAAGCAUCAAAAAUUUCAUCAGAUAUAUUAAAAGAAUCUUUUGAUUAUAAAACUUUAAUUGGUAUUAAUAUGUAUGAAAAUUUAACAUAUACACUUCGUUAUCUUUUUGAUUAUCAUCCAAAAGAACCAUAUAAAUUCUAUGAAGAACUUUCAAAAAAAUUCUAUGAAAAAAAACAAGAAUUAUCAAACAAUAAUCAAGAAGAAUCUUAUUUAUUUGCACAAAGACAACUUACUUUUCUUUCGGAUUACUCUAUUAUUCAAGGUAAUCCCGAUGAAAUAAUGACAAAUAUUUUAGAAUUAAGUUUUUUAUUCGAACAAAUUGGUAUUGGUUUAAAUAAAGAUGAAAUUUAUUGGAUAUGGCUUUCAAUGAAAGUUUUAUUAAAAGAAAAAUCUAAUAUUGAAAAAUUACGUUUUUGGGGCAAAAUUUUUGGUAUAAAAAAUAAUUAUUAUAUUCUUGAAGCUGAUUUUGAUAUAUUUGAUGAUAUUGAUUUAAAUGAUUCUGAAUUUAUUAAAUAUCAAGAAAUUUUUUCAUUAGAAGAAGAAAAUGAAUUCGAUAAUACUAUUCAAAAUUUCAAUAAAAAAGUACCACCUGAACAAAUUGGUGAUGGUAUUAAUCAAAAAGUAUUCUAUGUAUCUAUUGGAAUUAAUCAACCUUUUAUACAAUUACCAAUGGUAACACCAGAACAGAUUGAAUUAUCUCGUAGAAUUCAACAAUUUUUUACUGGUGAUCUUGAAGCACCUCUUAUAUUCGAAUCAAAUUUUCCAGGUGUUGAAAAACAUUUAUUACGUGCACAAAUUCAACGAAUUACUGCUGGUACUCAGAUAGGACCGAAAAAUUAUUUUAAAAUUUCAAUUAAUGAAGAUGAAGAAGAAGAAGAAAUGAGUGAAGAAAAAAUAGAUCAACAUCAAAUAAGUUUUGAUAUAAAUACUGAAUUUGAAGGAAAUAGACUUGAAGAUCUUGCUUUAUCUCGUGGUCAAUAUUGGGUUCAUUAUGUUGCAUAUAUUUAUAAACAAGGUCGGAAUGUAUAUUUUAAUCAACGUGAUGAAAAUCAAGAUGAAGAAAAAUCAACGCCGCGAAAAAUAUCUAUUGAACAAGGUCCUCAUUUAUUAUCUUCUGUUAGUGAAGAUAUUUCAAUUCAUGGAUUAUAUCCUGCAUGGUCUAUCGGUAUAGGUUCAACUCUUGUCCCUGAACAUGCAUUGGUUUAUGCACGAUCGAAUCGAUGGCCAGGUGCUUUUACUGUCGGUGAUCGUUAUCGUUUUAAAAAUAUCUAUAUUGGUUGGGGUAUGAAAAAUUCUCUUGAAAGUUAUCAAGCAAAUAUGAUUGAUGUAUUACCAGAAAAUGAAUAUAAAUUACAAUUAAUAGAAACAGAUGAUCCAACAACAGAAGAAGAUAUUGAAUUAUUUAAAUCAUCUGUAUUAUUAUCACCAUAUGAAGAUGAAGAAUUUGAAGGCAAUAUUGAAUAA